GGAAGCUGUUCGGUGGGACACCAGAACCAGAGGGAUGUGGCUGCAGUCAGUGUUGGUGCCUCUGCUCAGGCUGUAUCUGUGCGGAAUUAAAGUUCUGAUCUAUCAGAUGUUCAACAGGUCGUUUGCGCUGCCAGACCCUGGAAUGAAGAAUCACGUUAUGUUUUCAUGUGGUCCCUUCUCUCCUCCCACACAGUCUUACCCAAGCAAAAUGGAAGGGUUGCCAUUGUGACGGGGGGUACCAGAGGAAUGGGUUAUGAGACAGCGAGACACCUGGCAAGCCUUGGCAUGCAUGUUAUCAUAGCUGGGAACGAGAGAGAAGAGGGCGCAGAGGCCGUCAGGAAGAUUCAUGAAGAAGGUGUCGAGGGGAAAGUUGAGUUCGUCUUCAUGGACCUGACCUCACUGAAAUCCGUGCGCCACUUUGCUCAGACAUUCAAAAACAGAUGUCUCCCCCUCCACGUUCUGGUCAACAAUGCUGGAACCAUGAUGGUCCCUGAGAGAAAGACGGAGGACGGCUUUGAGUUCCACUUUGCGCUCAACUACCUCGGCCACUUCCUGCUGACCAAUCUGCUGCUGGACACGCUUAAGAGGUCAGGACGCCAGGGCUGCUGCUCCAGAAUCGUCAACAUGUCCUCUGCUACACACUACGCAGGAGUUAUGCACAUGCACGACCUAAACAGGAGGAUCUGUUACAGUUCCCAUGGUGCCUACGCUCAGAGCAAACUGGCCCUGGUCCUCCUCACCUACUACCUGCAGGAGCAGAUGACAGCCGGCGGCUUCCCCGUGACCACCUAUGCGGUGGACCCUGGCAUGGUGGACACAGCGCUGUACAACAACCUGUGGAGCCUCGCACAGGCUCUGAAGAAACCAGUGGCCAAGAUACUGUUCAGGACUCCUGCAGAAGGAGCAUCCAUAUCCGUCUACGCUGCAGUCGCCUCCGAGCUGGAAGGGGCCGGGGGCUGUUACUUGUACAACGGCCAGAAGACGCAGUCGUCCGACGUUUCCUACGACUCUGAGCUGCAAGCCGAGCUAUGGAAGAAGAGCUGUGAGCUGGUGGGCCUUCAGGAGAACUGACACUGCUGUGACCUUUAUACAGCGUCUCCAGAGCCAUGCUAGAGACGCUAUGUGGAGCGCACAAAUCGAAUCUCUGCCUUAUUUUAUAGAAUUCUGACACUGAAAUAUCUAGACUUAUAAGCUACAUCCACAUCAAUACAUUUUAAAGUGCACAACUUUUGCUAUGUUUAUGCCUAGCGUCCACACGACUCUGGUGUGUCUGAACCCCUUAAACGAAGACCUUUGGAUGCGCAGGCUAGUCUAUGUUUUGCAGACCUUGACUGCUUUAUACUCAUGUGUCAGCUUCGUUAGCAGUUCCACCUCGUUGUCAGUCCACGCAAACAAAUCUCUGGUCUUACUUUUCACUGUUCUUCCUCUGCAGUAUUUUUAUGCCUCCAUAUCUGCAAUUGCUGUGGCUGUCUAUUCGAUCAGCUGUCCGUCCACCUCUUCUGAAGGCGAUAUCAUUUGGCACAAAUGUUCACUUUGAUUCAACGAUACAGUGAUUUGAUUUUGGUGGACAAAUGUCAAGGUCACUGUGACCUCGUCUGUGUCAUUCUUGUAAAUGAAACAUCUCAAGAAUGCCAAGAGAUUUUUUUACAAAUGUGGCACGAACGCUCACUUGGACUCAACAAUGAAUUGAUUAGAAUGUGGUGGUCAAAGGUCAAGGUUGGUGUGACCUUGCAUCUGUCUCAUUCUCGUGAACACGAUAUUACAAGACGGCUUUUUGGAAGUUUCUUCAAAUAUGGCACAAACGUCCACUUGGACUCAAUAAUGAAAUGAGUAGAAUUUGGUGGUCAAAGAUAAAAGGUCAAGGUCACUGUGACCUCACAAAACACAAUAAUUCAAAUGGGCCAAUGAAAUUGUUUGUUUAUAGUCGCGCAGACCCGGGAGAGUCCAAAAUCCAGUCAGGCAGGACAGUAUGGGAGAAAGGUUGAUAAACCCCGUUUCACAACAACGCGAAAUUCCGCACUGCGUCCGUACCGUG